CUUGACCUUAACCAUAAUGUCUCCAGUUUCUCACCUGAAGCAAAAUUACACUUAGAGUUUGGACUUAUUCCAUGAAAGUAUUUAAUUUCAAUUCAGGUUCAGAAGUUUUGUGUUCAGGGUCAGAAAUUUGUUUAAAUUCAUGGUUUUGUUCAGUUAGCUAUGAUUGUGGGGAGUUCAGUUCAAUUCAAUUGCAAUACAUAUGACUAUCUUUUAUAGACAGGUUUGAGGGACAAGGUAAAGAUAAUAUGACAGGAAAUAAUAUCAGUUUGGAUGACUGGUGAGAUAUUACUCAAUGCAGAUAGAGGGAAAUGAGGGAUGCUUGGGUUCAGGCAGAGUUCAGUUUGGGUUUGAAUCCAAUCCUUGCUCCUGAUACAGCUGGAGCAACACAAGGCACAUAAGAAGCAUGCUUUUUGAUGAGCUUUCUUCCAACUUUCAGGUGGUGAUGACUACUGACAGCAGCAAUCCCUUGAACAACAUCAUAGUUUGGGAUCCAACAAAUGGUACAACUCUGACCCAGUUCCGUGGUGGAAUUUCUGCUCCUCGUACUCUAUGUCUGAUCAACCAACAUUAUGUCAUCUCUGCUGAGAAAAAUCGACCAGUCAUCAAUGUGUGGGAUCUGGGAAAAAGGGACCAAGGUCAUCUGCAUAGCAUCUGUGGUGGACAGGUGACAGCCCUUUCAACAACUCCUGAUGGUGCUUACUGCAUUGCAGGAAUAGAAGACAAACUACAUGUCUGGAACCUGGCCAGUGGGGAACUUGUUUCCGUUCUCUCCAGGCAUUAUCAGCAGAUUCGGGUGAUUCGAUUCACUGACGAUGGGAGCUACUUCCUGUCUGGAGGAGAAGAUAGCAUGGUGGUAGUAUGGUCAUUCCCUUCAAUACUUUUGCAAGAAAGGAAUCCAGUGGGAGAAGUGGAACCAAAGGGGGUAUGGCUUCCUCAUUCACUUCCCAUCACUGACAUAUGCAUUGGAGCAGGGGGAUUCCUUGCCAGAGUCCUCACUUCCUCUCUUGAUCACACAGUCAAGUUGUUCAACUUGGGAACUGGGCAGCUGCUCUUAUCCGUGAUAUUUGACAGUCCCAUCCAUUCAGUGGCUAUGGACCAGUUGAUGCAGUAUGGGUUUUGUGGCACUCAAGAUGGAUUGAUUCGCCUAAUCAAUUUCCAUCAGCCACCUCGCACUGUGGAGCAUCAAGUUACAGAAGAGGAGAGGCAGACCAUGACACUCCAGGGACACACGAAGGAGGUGACAUGCUUGGACGUGUCAUUAGAUGGUAUUCAAUUACUAUCUGGGUCAGCAGAUGCGACAGUGAAGCUGUGGCAUGUCCCCAGUCGUCAGUGUCUCAGAACCAUCAAGCACAAAGGACCGAUCACAAAUGCCAUUUUUAUCCUCCCAUUUGAUCUCAUGCUUCAUUCAGGAAGCAAAAAGGCCUUGGUGAAGCCUCCCAUGAGUAUACUGUCCCGAGGAAUUGAGGAAAAAUCCAAAGACAAAGCCUGUGUCCUCCUAAAGGGACAAAUGCUUCAAAUAUUUUCAGUUGAUAGAAAAAAUGAUGAAAUUGGACCAACUGAGGCAGAAGACCUCAGUGAGCAAAUAUCUGCUGGUGCUGGUGUGGGGGAAAUGCAGGAAGAGAUCAUUCAGUUACGCAAUGUCAAUCGCCGAAUCUAUGAUUAUGUUGUGGAGACUCUUCUGCCAAAAAAAUAA